UGAUGGCUUAUUGUUUUUGUUUAUUUAAUGUCACUGUCUUGAAAUGCAAAACAAUCAUUUACAGACUACUUAUGGCUAUUAUUAUUAUUGGCGUGUGUGGUGUUGUGUCAUAGGUUGCACCCCCAAGCUAUGCCAUGCCUAAAAUUCCAUUAAAGUUUUGGCUUGACAAGUCCUGACAGAGACAAGGAACAACAGAGGAGAGGCAUUCAUGUGUGCACGCGCGUCAGAACUCUUUCAGCAGGGCGGAACAGCUCCCAUCUAUUUGUAGUUCUCAGUAUGUCUGAAUGUCACAGUCCACACAUGGAGAAGGAAUACAAAUGCGAGUAGAUCAGCCUACUACUAUAAGCAUGUAUGAUUAUACAGCGUAACAUUGUAUAGCGACAGUGAUUGCCUUGUGUUGUCACCAUGAAUGCCUCGGCUGGAACAGGAGUGUUCGUCUUGUCCUUGAUGUCAAUACCCAUCUCUUUUUUAUUUAAUUUUCUCAUAUAUUCGAACAGUAUUGAAGCCAUACUUUUUGCUGGAGCAUCAACCUUAGUAAUCACAGCAAUAUCAGCUCGCCUUGUACUAACAAAGAAAGCGCCUCGGGAUCCACUCUUCUAUGUUUUUGCAGCCUACGCCUUUUUGAGUGUUGUGAACCUUAUCAUAGGUCUUGAACAGGAUGGCAUCAUCGAUGGAUUCAUGACCUUUUACUUGAAAGAGGCAGACCCCUACAUUAACACUGCUCAUGGACAUAUGAUUUCCUACUGGGAUGGAUGUGUACACUACCUCAUGUACUUACUGAUGGUAGCGGCAAUAACCUGGGGGGAGAGUUAUAGGGCUAUUGGCUUAUACUGGGAGGGAUCCUUCUUAAUGAGGGUCAUAGUGUACAUUCCUGGCAAUAUUGUGGGAAGGUAUGGAGCUCAGCUGAGCCCCUUGUUCCUCAUUCACAUGCUGUAUGUGCUGGUGUCCAUAUGGGCCUGCUUCAGGGUCUUCAGUCAGCCUGUAGUGCAAGGUGCUCCGCCGGAGGAUAUUGAGGAUACCCAAAAGAAGAGUCUAUUGCAGAGACCUGUAGAUUUACUGUUUGCAGCAUAUCUACUGUUUGCAACUUCCUUCUGCUUAUUCAGAGGUCUGGUGGCGCUGGAUUGUCCCACCGAAUGUUGUCAAGCCUACACUCAGUACUAUGAACCGUACUUAAAGGACCCCUCUGCCUACCCUAGAAUCCAAAUGAUAGUGAACAUGCUGUACUUCGUGCCAUACUAUGUCAUAACUCUGUAUGGUUUGGUGGUUCCUGGUUGCGAGUGGAUCCCUGACCUCACACUCAUUCAUGCGGGUGCAGUGGCGCAGGCACAAUUUUCUCAUAUUGGUGCCUCACUCCAUACACGGACGCCCUUCUCCUACAGAGUGCCAGCAGACACUCAGCUGCUUUUCCUCACUGUCAACAUGUUCUAUGGCCUGGUGCCACAGGUGCUCAGCUACCAUCUUCUCAGCAACCGAGCCUUCUUCCUGAAGCGACUGCCACAGAAGACUGAAUGAGCUUGGUCAGUUUCUAUACGAUGAUAGACAUACUAAAUGUCAUGGCAUUUUGAAACUUUACUUUGGCUGCUGUAUACGUAUUCUGUUAAAUUGAGGUUUAUAUAUAUAUAUAUAUAUAUAUUUUUGCCAAUGGUGUGGAUUACUCGGGAUGUGUAACCAUUUGGGUGAAAGGUUCAAGGACUCUCAAUUCAUGGUGUUGCAUGACACAUGAUAUUUGUGUCACCAAUCAUCAAUCUCCGUUGUGUCUGAUUGCAUAACAUUCCUGUGCAGUGCAAAUACUUGUGUGCAUUCAUGCCUCUCCUUCUCUGGAGAUUUUGAAAAAUCUGUGCCUCAGUACUGGACACCUAGUGGGCAGCCGUGGCCUACUGAUUAGCACUUCGGACCUGUAACCGGAGGGUUGCCGGUUCGAACCCCGACCAGCACAGUUGAAGUGCCCUUGAGCAAGGCACCUAACCCCUCA